AUGUACUUUUACCAUUUAAAAUUUGAACUUUACGUUCCAGCAGAGGAUAACUCUAAAGAUUUGAUUAACUCUUCCAUUGAUAUAAACAAUCGUCAGAAAAAGACUCUUGGUCCAAAAAAACCAGCCGACUUGUUUUACGUUCCGAAGGAUAUCUUCGAAACUUUGCCUGCGCACCCUCAACAUAAGAACGAAAGCCAAAAGUUUUUACCAAAUAGGAAUUCUAAAGGGCACAGUAAAAUAAGAUCAAAAUCAUUGGAUCCAUCACAAAAUACAGUUCAUUCAACUGCAAAA